AUGCAUGACAGACUUGACAUCAUCUCUGGCAUCGUAGACAGCCAGGUGACAGCGAGCUGCCUGCUUGGCCUGAGUGAGAAGGGUGAGGUUAUGGAAGGGGUUGGCAAACCUGAGACAAGUGCUGCUGAGAUUCACCUGGCUGUCUACGACGCCAGGGAUGACAUAAAAUCUGUCAUGCAUACCCAUGCCCCAUAUUUGACAGCUCUAGGAGCGCUGAAGGAUUGCACCCUUCGGAUGAUACACCAGGACUCCAUGCGCUUCUACGACAAUGUUGCGUAUGACACCGAGUAUGACGGGUUCGCCACCACGGGAGAGGAGGGGCCACGCAUAGCCUCCAAGCUGGGAGACAAGAUCGCCCUCAUACUGGGGAACCACGGGGUACUGACGGUGGGACAAACCGUGGCUGUGGCAUUCGACCAUAUGUAUUACAUGGAGAGGGUGGCCAUGUAUCAGAUGCUGGCCAUGCAGACAGGUGGCGAGCUGCAGGAGAUCCAGCCGCAGGUGGCAGCCAGGUGGAGCCUGAUGCAGGAGGGGCUGCCCUUCAUCCUGCCCUAUGCUGAGACACACCUCCGGGGCUUCAAAAACUUAUACGCCAAAAAAAGUCCUGAAGUUUUGCAGUAGAGAGUAUGGUUAUUGACUAAGCUUUAAUUGUUCACAGUUUAUUUGCAGGUUUGCAAACGAAGGCUGAUUACAAAUGCAUGGACUUGCAAAAUAUACCUGUGAUACAGACAUACAUGUGACAAGGACUGUUCACAUUAUUGUAAACAAGACUAAUCCAAAAACUUAUAUUGGUUAUAUCUAGGUAAGUUGGGUGUGGGAUCUUUUUCUGGAAGCAGAGAAAGACAAGACGUUCCAAGUUUUCUAAUUUUAUAAUUUGUUGGUUUUGUGAUUUUAAGGGUUUAAGGGGAGAGUAGCUUUCUGUUCAUCCAUGAACUUGGAAAAGUUGGAAUUAGUCAGUGACAUCUUUAAACAAAUCAGGACUCCUGUAAUACUAAAGGAGGCUUAAUCUAAUUGUACAACCCAAGGAAGAUACUUUGUUUUGCAAUGGAAAAGCCUUCAUUGUAGGGACGAUAAAAUCUUAUUCCUAUAUCCAGAUGUGCAAUGGUCAAGAGUGGCUGCAAAGACAAUUAUGUUACACAGAAAUUUGUGUACUAAAAGGCAAUAGUUGCCAGCAAAUACACCUGAUAUUUCCCUCACUUGAAUGAUCAUGUCUUUUGGCCUUUUUUGUUUUUGUUCAUUGUGAGGUGUGGUGAAAUUUAAUCCAACUGGUGGUCUAAACAAUAUAUCGGUGACAAUUACUAAAGAAUAUACAAUAUUUUGAUGACAAUAAAAAAUCUAUCUAACAUUAUGUCAAACAGAA